UUUGUGCACUUCCCCCAUUGGGUCUAAAAGACCAACCCAGGAAUUGCUUUAACCUGUAACCGACAGCGCUCCUUAAUUUUUUCCUUUUUUUACGAAAAAAAUUAUUCUGCAAUUUCUCUCCCCAAAAAACGAGAAGGGUAAGAGGAAUUAGGGUUUAAUUUUUGUUCCUAACCUCCCGUUUCAUUUAGCAUAUGGGUUCUCCUCAACCAGGAAUGGAAUCUGUGAAGGAGAUUAAUGAUGAUGAAGUUAAGAGUGUAAUUGAAGUAAUGGCAGCUAAUGGGAAGUAUUGGCAUGACUGGGACAAACUCAAGGGCAUGCUGUCAUUCCAUCUUAAGCAGGUAUGGGGAGGUCCUGUCAGACUAUCCAGAGGCAAAAAUGACUACCGAACAGCAACAAUCUUGUUUAGGAGAGAGCUUUCCGGAGUUGGUGAAAAGGUUGGAUGAUGCUCUCAACAGCUUUGCUGAAGGCCCUCCAUUUACGUUGCAAAGACUAUGUGAGAUUUUGUUGGAUGCACGGAACAUUUAUUCCAGGCUGUCAAAGCUUGCGUUGGCUCUAGAAAAGAAUUUGCUAGUUACAUCAACAUUGACGAUCUCCAGUGACCCAUAUGCAUCUUCUAACAUGCAAAAUGCAACAGCACCAGAUAGAGAAACCAAGGGUUCCCCAAUUCUAUCUAAUUCAGUGUCUAAUGGGGCAGAACCUAUAGCCAGUGCAGGUGAUUCAGAUGAAGUAAUGGCUGAGGUAGAAGAGGCUGAAGUUGAGGAUGUUAUGACGAUUGACAUGGAUACAAUUGAAGCAAUAGUUCGAUCAUCUGAAGCAGAUACUACGCCUCCCAGUGAUUCAUAAUGCUCUGUUUCUAUGUAGUAAUUGUUUUCACCUCUAGUACAGGAAGUCUGUAAAAGCUAUGUCAUGCUUAGGUGAAAUUAGAACAAGUCCUGAGGAGGUGCCUAAAAGAUCGAUCAUGGUCGUGAAUAUAUGUUGGACCAAUAUAAUGUGUCUCGAACCUUAUUUUUACCCCACGUAGGUCUAUCUUGUGUGGGGAAAAACCCUGGUUGCUUUCUUGUCUUCGUUGAACUAACGAGUGUCUCUAGCAUUUCGAGAAAUAUACUGGGUGCGCUUCUUUUUCCCCCUGAAUGAUAAUUUAUUGUUGGGGCA